CCCGGCUUCCCAAAGCAACUCACCCCAGACACCCAUCCCAGCAGACCAACAACGCAGCCACGGACACGGACCCGGACACGGACACGGACCCGGACACGGACACGAACGCCUACUCCCGCAAGCGCCACCUCCAAAAGAACGGCCUCUUCCUCGACCACGCCGAUCCCGCCGUGGCCUCCAACAAAAUCACCAUCCACCUCGACAUCCCCAACGACCACCCGCGCGACCUCGGCCAGGUGCUCCGCUACGCGCUGCACGAGCUCCACGCCCGCCGGGACACCGCCGAGUUCGCCAACCCCCUGCUCGGCCCCCGGGGCGCGCACCUCGCCCGGCUCCGCGUCGCCUUCGACACCGAGGCAGACACCGCCGCGGGCGUUUUCGCGGAGGCCCAGACUUUCCUGGAGGAGUUCCUGGCUAGGUGCUUGGCCAUGGAGCAUGCCGGUGCCGGUGCCGGUGACUUUGCUGGGCCU